AUGACGGGCGACUCAGCGGGCCAGGCCGGGGACCACGCCGGGGGCCUCGCGCGGGCGGGCUCGGCGGCUCGGACAAAUGCGAUUGCGAGGCUGAAGCGGGCGGCGUCGCAGCGCGAGCUCAAGAACAAGACGAGCCAGGACGAGCUGCGGGCGAUGGCCACGCCGAGCCCGCUGCCGUUUGUGCGCCCUGCGGGGGGCGAUGCUGCGGCCCUGCAGCCCAUGACCGUCGAGCAGCAGCAGCAGUACCUCGAUAGCAGUCCGCUGCUGGGCCGGCAUGACGCGCACGCUGGCCUCGUCGCUGCUGCCCGUGGUGGUGGCAUCGGCAUCGGUGGCGGCGGCUCGGGCUCGGGCUCAGGCGCAUCAGCAUCGGCCUCCGUCUCGGCCUCGCCCUCCCCCUCGCCAUCGCCCUCGCCGUCGCCCUCGCGGGGCCACUCGUCGCGCGCCGAGUCACCAGCAAAGGAGCGAGUGCUGGCUGCUGCCGUCGGUCUCGCCCCUCCUCCACGCUCCCGGUCCCGGCUCGGCGGUGACAACAAGUCGCCGUCGCCGCUGCCCUCGCUCGAGCAGCUCCGCGCACGCAUCCUCCAGGAGCGUGCGACGGCUGGCCUGGCGAGGAGCGCAAGCACGAGCGCAGCCAGUGCCGCUGCGCGCGCCUAUGCGCUCGAGAAGCUGCUGGGGACGAGUGCGCGCGAGGGCGCCGUCAGCCCCGUCAGCGACACGGCCGAGGUCGAUCGAGACGAUGAAGACGAGGAUGAUGAUAACAACAACAGUCCGGAACAGGGACAGACGCUGCACGGAGCACAGGCCAGCAUGCAGCGGCCCCUGUCGACGCGCAAGAGCAUCGUGCCCCCGAGCCCUUCUGCGCGCGAAAAGGCACUGCUGCGCCGCAGCCGGACCAUUGGCAGCCUCAGUGCCGUCGCCGAGGCGCAGCGAAAGGCCGCCUUUGUCGAGGCCCUCGACAAGGGCACGCCUGAGGAGAUUGCCGGUCGCCGCCGGAGCUCGCGUCGCUUUGCAAAGGCGCCGCCGGGCAGCAGCAGCAAUUCCACCAAUCGCACCAGCAACAAUAGCCACAACAAUGCAAGCCAGGCAGCAGCGGCAAUGCCACUCCCCCAGCUGCCGCCAUUCACUCCACCAGCAGCAGAGGACAACAGCAACGAACAGCGGCCGCCGUCGCUCCAGCGCCAGCCGUCGCAGCGCGAGAUUGCGCGUGCCGAGAUGAUGCGCAAGCUCUCUGGCCGCGGCCGUGCUGCCGGUGCUGCUGGGGCGACCACUGCUGCUGCUGCUUCUCCUCGCAUCGUGCCGCCCCCAUCACUGGCACCUGCGACGACGGUGACGACGGCGGUGGAACGAGAAGCGGCGCCCUCGCCCCUCGGCAGCACGAUACAUGCGUCGCCCCUAAGUAGUGGCCUCAGUCCGUCCGCUGCGCAGCACCAGACCCUCGCACCCUCGCCUUCGCCCGGGCCUGGGCCCAGCACGGCGGCGACGACGACGACGCUGCUCUCGGUGCCCAGUGCAGGCACCGUCGCGCGAGGCCUGCGCUCCUCGUCGCAGACGUCGCUCCUCACCAACCACGAGGACCUGGACCGGGAGCGGGACCGGGCGAGCCAGCUGGCAAGGCUCCACGGCGAGGAGUCGUUUGAGUACGAGCGCCUCCUCGACCAGGGCUGGAGCUCCGUCGAGGCGUUUGAGCGCGUCGCCAGCGCCCGCAGCGAGAGCUUUGCCGGCUCCGUGGGCCAGCCCUCGCCCCGGCUUGGUGCCGAUGGCGGUGGCGACCACGACGGUGUUGACGCUGAUGAUGACGAUGAUGAAGAUGGUGACGACAUCGACGACGACAUCGACGAUGGCAGCAAAGGCAGCCAGCGCGAGCAGCACUUGCCACUACAGGAUGCCCACCUCUCGUCGUCGGCCAGCAUCGUCGUUGGCUACCAACCAAACGGCAGCACCCAUGCGCGCGCCUUCUCGGGCACGACGGACGUCGAUGCCGACGAGAUGGCUGGCCCAGGCCGAGAGCGUGCCUGGCCCGUCAGCGUCGACUCCAACAUGACCGAGACGACCAAGGAGGCCCGGGUGGUGAGCAGCGACGACGCAGUGGCGCGCACACAGGCGCCACUACCACAGGCACAGACACAGGCACAGGCAGAGACGCAGGUGCAGACGCAGACACAGACGCAGACACAGACAAAGGCACAGGCACCGUCACAGACGCAGAUGGAGAGACAGGCACAGGUAGAGACGCAGGCACAGACACUGUCGCCAGAAGCGGUGGGCCAACGGACAUUCGGGAGGAUCCAGGACCUGCUGAGCCCCAACUUUCUCAAGGAAUAUGGCAACCCGCUCGACUAUGCUGGCUCCUCGCCCAUCGAGUCGCCUACGGUCGAGAUGCAUUUCAGUCAACAGCAGCAGCAGCAGCAGCAGCAGCAGCAGCCGCGCGACGAGGAGGAGCAGACCAAGGCAGUCGAGGCCGUGGUGGUGCAUGACAAGGACAAGGACAAGGGCGAGCCAGGCGAGGAGAGUGACGACGAGUCGUACCUCAUCGAGGUCGAGCGCAUCGCAAAGGAGCUCGAGACCUUCACUGUCCGCCGCGCCACGAGCGUCCGGGGAAGGCCCGACCGCAACGCCGUGGUGCAGAGGUCUACGGCCGCCCAGGCCGUGGCAGCGGCGACGGAGCAUCUGAGACGGCGGCGGCAGAAUGCAUCAGAAGAGAGCGAAGACAGCGCUGGCCAGCAGCAGCAGCAGCAGCAGCAGCUACCUCAACUCCACCGGCAGCCAAACGGGUCAUCUCAACCACAGCCACGGUCGCAGCACAGUGCCCCGACAGAGGCCGCCGCUCGUGCUGGGCCCCAGCCGGUGCCCGCGGUGACGACUGCCGAGCGCGACGUCCUGUAUGCCAACGACAAGCUUCGCCCGUUUCCCGGCCUGUUCCCCAGCAAGGGCCCCGGUGCUGCCGCCGAUGCCGUCGCACACCACCGCCCGCCACCGCUGUCGAUCACGCCGAUGCCGCUGGCCAAGGCCGAGAACGUGGCAGAAACGGGCGACGAGCCGCGUCCGUCGGCGCACGCCCAGACCCAGGCCCAGGCGCAGACGGAGCUGCCUCGCACCGUGGAGGAGCCGGCAUCGACCAAGGGCCGCAGCCCCGCGCUGUUCUCGUCGCUGCGACGAAAGGCAUCCAACGCCGCUGCGCGCGUCGCGUCGCCGCGCAUCGGCACCGGCACCGGCACCGACGCCGAGGGCGACAGCAGCGGCGGCAACAGCUCGCCGCCGAGCCACUCGCGGCCGAUGAGCCCCACGCGGCGCUUUUUCGACGGCGGCGUCUCCUUUCUCUCUCGCCGGCCGUCGAAGAGGGACGUCAGCCCGGCCAAGCCCCGGUCCGCCAGCGGGCCAGCGGCUGCUGCGGCUGCGGCUGCGUCGACAACAUCAGCGGCGAUGGCGGCAUCAGGUACGGCGGCAUCAACAACAACAACAGCGAGGAGCGCCAGCGUCAAGCGAGAGCCCGUGCUGGGCCGCACCGACUCGUCCAACUCGCUUACUGCGCACCGCAGCGAGGCCGCCGCGGCCGCCGCCGAGCGCGCAAAGGCCAACCUGCUCCUCGCACCGCCGCUGGCCGCCGACGAGUCGAUGGAUGCCGGCCUUGCUGCGCCGGCCUCGGCUGCCGCGGCGUCCGAGGCCACGUCGUCGCUCGCGCCCAGCACGGCAGCCAUGCUCCACCGCUACAGCCACAUCCUCACCUCGCCCACCGAUGCCGCCGCCAGCCUGACGCCAAUCGUGCCUGGCCUGCGACCCGAGGACAUGGCCAAGCCCCCGCGUGCUUUUAUCCAUGCCGGGCCCGUGCUCCAGGUCGUCACGUCGAGCACGGUCAAGGACCGGUUCCUCUUUCUCUUUUCCGAUGUCCUCGUCAUCGCCAAGCCCAUUGCGCCGCCGAUGCAGCAGCAGCAGAAGCAGCAGCAGCAGAAGCAGGACGCCGCCCAGACGGGAUUGCCCACGGUGGACUGGACCUUCUCGGUCAAGAACAUCCUCGAUUUGCACCAAGUCAAGAUGAGCAUCCCCAGCGACCACCGCCCCGCGCAAAAGACGAUCCCGCUCAUGUCUCGCUUCGUCGCAGAGUUCAAGCACGACCCCGACACGGCGCUGGCCAAUCUCCUCGGCCGCACUUCGCUGCCCAACAGCCCGUCGACGGUCGCCCAGCUGCUCCACCAGACGCCCGAGCUGGACAAGGCCAAUCUGUCAGCCUACCUCUUUGGCGGCGACUCGCUCGCCGCGUCGAUCGGCCGCCUCGAGACGAUCAAGGCCUUUGUCGGCCUCGAGAAGCUCGCCGGCGUGUCCAUCGAGUCGGCCCUCCGCUCGCUCCUCCUCGAGCUCCGCUUUCCUGCCAGCCUCGAGGCGUUUGAGGCCCUCCUGACGACAUUUGCCACGCUCUGGACCCAGGCCAACCAGGGCCUGAUCAAGCCCGCAUUUACUGCUGCCCUCGCCACCGAUCUCGUCUUUGCCAUCAUGACCCUCAACGACGCCCUGCACCUCGACCCGGCCGAUGACGCAGCAGACGGCCACACCCACACCGGCUGGGGCGUCGCCGAUGCCUCGCAGCACCGCGCCCGUCCCAAGGCCACGGCGCCCGGCCUGUUUGGCGAGGCCAUGCCUGCGCUCACAAAGACGGCCUUUGUCUCUGCCUUUCGCCAGCACGACGCCGCCCAGGUCCUCUCCGACCGCACGCUGCAGCGCAUCUACACGAGCGUGCGCGCAGACAGCCUCUCCCAGGCCCUUGCGUCUGACGAGCCAGGCCCGCGCUAUGCGAUCCGCGUCGUGGGCUCGGGCCUGCCCACCAAGCUCAUCUACGGCGUCGUCAGCGACCCCAUCCGCGUCUCCAUCCCACGGCCCGACGCCGAGCUCGUUGUCCGCCUCUACGGCCAGGACCUCUCGUUUGACCCCCCGAUUCUGACCUUUGACGGCAAGACGACGAGCACGUUUACCGUGGUGAGCAAGUCACUGGGGCCCAAGCACAUCGUCUUUGUCAAGGCCGGCCGCACUGCGAGGUACUACUCGGGCACUGUGGGCGACGCCGAGCCAGGCACCACCACGGCGCUGCCCCGCUCGCUGAGCCUGACGGUGGAGCGCGCAUUCAUGCAGCACUGCAUCAUGCUCACGCUCCCCUCCAAGCGCAAGUACAUGGUCAGCGUCGAAAACGACGAGCAGAAGCGCACGUGGGCCUGGGCACUCAAGCGCGCACUCCACGACUGCGCCAAGGCAAAGGUCAGGCCCCAGCUCCCGCUCGAGGCACCCAACGCCGCCGCGCAGGCCACCCUGUACAAGGCCGCCGACGCCGUCGCGCUCCACGUGCUCCGCGAGACGCUCAUCGAGCCCGACACCGCCGCCUAUCCGUCGUCGUCUGGCCCAGGGCAGCUGCAGAGGAGCGCGAGUGCCGCCGUGGCCGCCACGGGCGGCAGCCGGAUGCUGCCUGCCAGCCUCGCGCGGGCCCCGUCGGACUCGCGUGCCUUGGCGCGCCCUCAGCAGCAGCUCCUUCAGCAGCAGCAGCAGCAGCAGCAGCACCAUCUCCAGCCGCAGCUUCACCCCCAGUCAGACAAGUCGAACCUAGACCGGAACCGGUCGAUCAGCCGGCACUACUAUGCCGCAGGCGGAGCAGGCAGCGGCGAGCGGGAGCUCCUGCCUCCUAUGCCAGCCAGCAGCAGCAGCAGUGGCGCCUCCUUGGCGGGGCCAUCGACACGUCAACCCCUGGCCGGUGACCGGCUCAUCCUCACCGUGCAGCAGAACUCGCUCCUGGCCCUCGUCGUGGCCAACUCCCACUCGCACUUUCAGUGAUGGAUGGCCGAUUCUCAUUCAGCACGGAUACUCUAUGAAUUGAUACUAACGACAAGAAGCCGGUCCUGAACCAGUGGUGCUGGGCCCCCUUCUUCUACUCUCUCUCUCUCUUUCUCUCAAACAAUCAUGUACACGUAGGCCGCUUCAUCCCUUCAUCGUUUUCCUCGAGUCGACACAUCAACACCGUCCCGCAGUAGCUCGAAUGUCAACACAGUCAAUGCCUCUAUUCUCUCUGAAUUCUUAAGUACGGUUCUCUCUGAAAUCUCAAUCAAGGCUCCCUCCUCC